AUGUGCAAUAUCCCAAAUGACAACACACCUAAUGCAGGUACCCUGUGCAAUAUCCCAAACGACAAUGCACCUAAUGCAGGUACCAUGUGCAAUAUCCCAAACGACAAUGCACCUAAUGCAGGUACCAUGUGCAAUAUCCUAAAUGAUGAUUCACCUAAUGCAGGUACCACAUGCAAUAUCCCAAACGACGAUGCACCUAAUGCAGGUACCAUGUGCAAUAUCCCAAACGACGAUGCACCUAAUGCAGGUACCACAUGCAAUAUCUCAAACGACAAUGCACCUAAUGCAGGUACCACAUGCAAUAUCCCAAACGACGAUGCACCUAAUGCAGGUACCAUGUGCAAUAUCCCAAACGACGAUGCACCUAAUGCAGGUACCAUGUGCAAUAUCCCAAAUGAAGAUGCACCUAAUGCAGGUACCACAUGCAAUAUCCCAAACGACAAUGCACCUAAUGCAGGUACCACAUGCAAUAUCCCAAACAACAAUGCACCUAAUGCAGGUACCACAUGCAAUAUCCCAAACGACAAUGCACCUAAUGCAGGUACGACAUGCAAUAUCCCAAACGACAAUGCACCUAAUGCAGGUACCACAUGCAAUAUCCCAAACGACGAUGCACCUAAUGCAGGUACCAUGUGCAAUAUCCCAAACGACGAUGCACCUAAUGCAGGUACCACAUGCAAUAUCCCAAACGACAAUGCACCUAAUGCAGGUACCACAUGCAAUAUCCCAAACGACAAUGCAUCUAAUGCAGGUACCAUGUGCAAUAUCCCAAACGACGAUGCACCUAAUGCAGGUACCAUGUGCAAUAUCCCAAACGACGAUGCACCUAAUGCAGGUACCACAUGCAAUAUCCCAAACGACAAUGCACCUAAUGCAGGUACCCUGUGCAAUAUCCCAAAUGACGACACACCUAAUGUAGGUACCACAUGCAAUAUCCCAAACGACAAUGCACCUAAUGCAGGUACCACAUGCAAUAUCCCAAACGACGAUGCACCUAAUGCAGGUACCCUGUGCAAUAUCCCAAACGACGAUGCACCUAAUGCAGGUACCAUGUGCAAUAUCCCAAAUGACGACACACCUAAUGUAGGUACCAUGUGCAAUAUUCCAAACGACGAUGCACCUAAUGCAGGUACCACAUGCAAUAUUCCAAACGACAAUGCACCUAAUGCAGGUACCCUGUGCAAUAUCCCAAAUGACAACACACCUAAUGCAGGUACCCUGUGCAAUAUCCCAAACGACGAUGCACCUAAUGCAGGUACCACAUGCAAUAUCCCAAACGACAAUGCACCUAAUGCAGGUACCAUGUGCAAUAUCCCAAACGACGAUGCACCUAAUGCAGGUACUAUGUGCAAUAUCCCAAACGAUGAUGCACCUAAUGCAGGUACCACAUGCAAUAUCCCAAACGACAAUGCACCUAAUGCAGGUACCACAUGCAAUAUCCCAAACGACAAUGCACCUAAUGCAGGUACCAUGUGCAAUAUCCCAAACGACGAUGCACCUAAUGCAGGUACCAUGUGCAAUAUCCCAAACGACGAUGCACCUAAUGCAGGUACCACAUGCAAUAUCCCAAACGACAAUGCACCUAAUGCAGGUACCACAUGCAAUAUCCCAAACGACAAUCCACCUAAUGCAGGUACCCUGUGCAAUAUCCCAAACGACAAUGCACCUAAUGCAGGUACCCUGUGCAAUAUCCCAAAAGACGAUGCACCUAAUGCAGGUACCAUGUGCAAUAUCCCAAAUGACGACACACCUAAUGUAGGUACCACAUGCAAUAUCCCAAACGACAAUGCACCUAAUGCAGGUACCACAUGCAAUAUCCCAAACGACGAUGCACCUAAUGCAGGUACCCUGUGCAAUAUCCCAAACGACAAUGCACCUAAUGCAGGUACCAUGUGCAAUAUCCCAAACGACAAUGCACCUAAUGCAGGUACCAUGUGCAAUAUCCUAAAUGAUGAUUCACCUAAUGCAGGUACCACAUGCAAUAUCCCAAACGACAAUGCACCUAAUGCAGGUACCAUGUGCAAUAUCCCAAACGACGAUGCACCUAAUGCAGGUACUAUGUGCAAUAUCCCAAACAACGAUGCACCUAAUGCAGGUACCACAUGCAAUAUCCCAAACGACAAUGCACCUAAUGUAGGUACCAUGUGCAAUAUCCCAAACGACGAUGCACCUAAUGCAGGUACCACAUGCAAUAUUCCAAACGACAAUGCACCUAAUGCAGGUACCCUGUGCAAUAUCCCAAAUGACGAUGCACCUAAUGCAGGUACCAUGUGCAAUAUCCCAAAUGACGACACACCUAAUGUAGAUACCAUGUGCAAUAUCCCAAAUGACGAUGCACCUAAUGCAGGUACCACAUGCAAUAUCCCAAAUGACAAUGCACCUAAUGCAGGUACCACAUGCAAUAUCCCAAACGACAAUGCACCUAAUGCAGGUACCCUGUGCAAUAUCCCAAACGACAAUGCACUUAAUGCAGGUACCAUGUGCAAUAUCCCAAAUGACAACACACCUAAUGCAGGUACCCUGUGCAAUAUCCCAAACGACAAUGCACCUAAUGCAGGUACCACAUGCAAUAUUCCAAAGGAUGAUGCACCUAAUGCAGGUACCCUGUGCAAUAUCCCAAACGACAAUGCACCUAAUGCAGGUACCACAUGCAAUAUUCCAAAGGAUGAUGCACCUAAUGCAGGUACCCUGUGCAAUAUCCCAAACAACAAGGUACCUAAUGCAGGUACCACAUGCAAUAUUCCAAAGGAUGAUGCACCUAAUGCAGGUACCCUGUGCAAUAUCCCAAACGACAAUGCACCUAAUGCAGGUACCACAUGCAAUAUCCCAAACAACAAUGCACCUAAUGCAGGUACCCUGUGCAAUAUCCCAAACGACAAUGCACCUAAUGCAGGUACCACAUGCAAUAUCCCAAACGACAAGGCACCUAAUGCAGGUACCCUGUGCAAUAUCCCAAAUGACAAUGCACCUAAUGCAGGUACCACAUGCAAUAUUCCAAAGGAUGAUGCACCUAAUGCAGGUACCACAUGCAAUAUCCCAAAUGACAACACACCUACUGCAGGUACCCUGUGCAAUAUCCCAAACGACGAUGCACCUAAUGCAGGUACCCUGUGCAAUAUCCCAAACGACGAUGCACCUACUGCAGGUACCCUGUGCAAUAUCGCAAACGAUGAUGCACCUAAUGCAGGUACCCUGUGCAAUAUCCCAAAUGACGAUGCACCUAAUGCAGGUACCACAUGCAAUAUCCCAAAUGACAACACACCUACUGCAGGUACCCUGUGCAAUAUCCCAAACGAUGAUGCACCUAAUGCAGGUACCCUGUGCAAUAUCCCAAAUGACAACACACCUACUGCAGGUACCCUGUGCAAUAUCCCAAACGACGAUGCACCUAAUGCAGGUACCCUGUGCAAUAUCCCAAACGACGAUGCACCUAUUGCAGGUACCCUGUGCAAUAUCCCAAAUGAUGAUGCACUUAAUGCAGGUACCCUGUGCAAUAUCCCAAACGACGAUGCACCUAAUGCAGGUACCACAUGCAAUAUCCCAAAUGACAACACACCUACUGCAGGUACCCUGUGCAAUAUCCCAAACGAUGAUGCACCUAAUGCAUGUACCCUGUGCAAUAUCUGA